AGAACCUUCCUAUCAUUUGCAAGUAUAUGCAAGCAAAAUUAUAGUAUUAAUUAUAGUUUUAGGUCAAGCUGUCGCAGGGCACCUUGGUGUCCUGCUCCUGGAAAGGAGAAACUGCCAGGGAGCAAGUGAGCGCGCCCUGGCCUGACAUAACGAGCCCAGCUGAGGCUUGCUCAGGUAAUGAGCGCAGCUGUGGGUUGCCGGAGCAACCAAGGGGAGCCAGCUGGCCAGAAGGGGCAGGGCCUGGCCCUUAUAAAGCCCAGGGCCGAAGCCAGGCUGGCAGUUCUCUGCCAGCAGCCUGGGAGGCAGGAGCUCUGGGAGUGAGGAUGUGGAAAGGAGAAGGACAUGCAAGUACAGCUCAUGAUAGCCCUGAGAGGAUGGGCACUAGAGUUUAGCCAGGGGGCUUUAGGUUUGUGUUACAGCCAGGAGGCUUGAGCUUGUUUGGCUUUGUUAUUACACCCGGAGGCUUGGGUGAGGCUGUAGGGGUUGGAGGAGGCCUCAACUAUAGGGACCCCAGAGAGUGUGGGGUGCCCUAGCGCCAAGAGGGCGCAUUAUUUGCAUAGCGCCAGGGAAGGUGCAGCUCGCACGCCAGUGCGUGAGCAACUGGCGGCGAGGAGCGCGGCCAGUGGGUCGCGGGUGCAACCAGUAGGUUGCAGACAGGGGACUGAGUCCCCGGAUUGCGUGCGGGGUACAUAGACCCCAGCCCCAGGGAGAGGGGUGAUCUGAUUGAGAAGCCCCGUGGGGGCACGGUGAGCCCCAAAGAGGGGGAGCGCCAUAGGAUAUGAUUGAGAAGCCCCGUGGGGGCGCGGCGAGCCCCAAAGAGGGGGAGUGCCAUACUGAGGAGCCCUAGAGAGAGAGGCAAUUACUGAGGAGCCCGAGAUGGGCAUAGCGAGCCCGGCCGCAGGCUAGUCCGGUAACACCCCUCAGACCGAGGCAGGGCGCUGCGGUUGCCCCGAGAAGACAGGGAGUAGCAGUGCGGUGAGCCGGGGUCAGAGAGGGUACCUGUGCAGUUGGCCGGAAGGGCCGGGGCCCACUAGGGAGUCCCUGAGCGGGACCCCACCAUCAGGAGAGUCCCAGUGAGAGGCUGGGUGCGAGAGAGAGAGAGCCCAGAGUGGGCUACACUUUAGAGGAGGCCCGGGAAGCGGGCGUACAGACCUAACAACGUCCAUUACAUCUGCGAGGCUUGGGGCGUGGUAUUAGGGGCUGGUAGGAGCCACGCACAGCCCAUAAGGCUGGGGUGCUUGAGUAGCACCCAUCGUACGGGGCUGCCCACGAGGGGUCCAGGAGCUUACAUGCCCGAGGAAACACAAGGCAGCCUCCCUAUUACAUAUUCCAGCAAGACGUGGCGGGCGAGAAUGGAGGGUGCCCUCGGGCCGAAGUAGCACGGUGAGAGGGCCUCAAGGAGAUCACGGCCCUCCGCGAGGACCCCGCCGUGACAUCUGGUGCAUUGGCCGGGAAACAGCCGUGCACGGGGGAAGAACCCGUGUCCCUGACAAGGGAAACGAACCUUAGGGCUAGGUCUGGAUACACGGAAAGACAGGGCAGUGAGAUUGAGGGGCUCGGGAAGGCGAGCCCAGAUCAAAGGAGACACUGCCAGUUUAGAAACCGAGAGAUUGAGGACGUUGGGUCGGGUUUAAGCGGAGAACAGAGUCAUGGCAGGUAUAGAGGACAUGGAGAGCCUGAAACAAGAGAAUUUCACCUGGCUAUUAAAAGUGAGUGAGCUAGAAGAAGAUAUUGCGUGGCUAGAGUGGGAGCUGGAGGUAGCCCAAUCCCAGAAGGAGCAGGCGAAGGCAAAGGCCGCUGGAUUGGAACAGUGGGUACAAGCAGGGAGAAAGGAAGGAGGUCCUAAAGGAAUUAGGCGCCUGAUUGCAGUAGAGGCAGAAAGGACUCGAGCACUAGAGCGGCUCAUGGCAGAAGAAGCCAAGAGGAGCAGACGGAGAGAAGAGAAUCUGGAAGACAUGCAGAGGGAAAUGUCAGCAUGGAGGGCAAGAUACGAUGCGCUCCAGGAACGAAACCUAUUUCUGGAAAAGGAGUUAGAGACUGGGGAGAGAGAGAACGAGGACUUACAGUCCCAAUUGCGAAGCGUGGAGGGGGAAAAAGGACACCUGGAAGAACAGGUACGGUCCCUUGAAACCCACCUAGAAGCCAGCUCAGCUAGAGAGGCAACAAUUAACGCAGAAAGAAAGCAGUUGCAGCUGCAAAGGCUGACCCUAAGGCGGCAGAUUCGGGCCUUAGAGGCCGCAAAUAAAACAUUACGAGCAGGAGGUAGUCAGAUGGCUACAAAAGGCCAAGACUCUAGGGAGUUGGAGGGUCCAGAGGUGACAAGUACAGCAACCCAAACAGGGACAGUGCAGGAGGACCUGGAAGGCUGGCAAGAGCGUUGCUUACAAGCAGAAUACCAGGUCGAAGAACUGCGAGAAAAGCUAAUAGGUAGCUAUGCCCAGGCAGAAGAAGCGGGGAAAGCGAUAACAAAGGAAAUAGAGAAAGUAAGAGAAUAUAUGGCCAACCAUGAGGCUUUAGAAGAACAGAAGCAGUCCCUGGAGACAGAGGUAAAAGCCAGAACACAGGAGUGUGCACAGUUGCAGGCCCGGUGGCAAAGGGCGGAGGAGGAAAGGGACCAAUGUAGAAAAGAGAUACAAUCCCUGAAGGACUUGCUAAGAGAAAGUACGGCUGGUGAGACAGCCGCACUGCAGGAGAGUGGCCAGCGACUAAUACAGGCUGCCCAGGCACAGAGGGAACAGCUAAGUGUGAUAGCUAAGCAAUUGGAGGAGCAUGUGUCCUGGGUUAAUGCUGUGUGCCAGGGACAGUGGCAAGAACUGGGAACCUUGAGAGGGACCCUGAUAGAGGCCGGAGAAUGGAUGGAGAGAGCCCAUGCCAUAUGUGAACCCAGGUGAACCCAGAAAUCCAGGAGAAUAUGGAGAUGGGAAGCCCCAAGGAGGAGAAGGGAGUAGAGGGGCAAGAGAAGGAGACAAUGACAACAGAACCUCCCGAAAUAGAAGAGAGUGUUCCGACGAUUGUCAUACGUCUCGAGCGAGAAUGGAAGCGCUGGACCAAGCAGUAUGCCAUAGAGCUGAAUAGCUUGAGAGAAAGAGUGGAAGAACUCUCCAGAAGGAGUGCUGUGGAGGUAACCCCCACGCCAAGUCCCGUACACCCGAAAGGGGUAAAGGGAGAGAAGGUAGUAGCGGUGCAAGACAGUGAGGAGGUCUGAGGCAGUGACAUAAACGGUGAGCCAGGCUGCCCUCACCGCACUAAAAAGGGAGAACAGUUAGGGCAGGAAGAAAGACCUAGACUGAAAGCCAAAGCCCCAAGGAACUUAAGGGGGGAGGAGAGAGAGGUGACAAACUCCACCUUAAGGACAAGACGUCUGGGCUUGCGCAACAGCGGAGAGCAGACCGAGUGCAGGCCACAGGCCCUGCUAAGGAGGCUAGUAGGCCUUUAACAACAAGGGUAACUUGAUCAGAGGGAGAGCAAAAGGGAAGAAAGAGGCCCUAUGUAUAUGUUAACUAUCUCCCAGGACGAAUUAAAUGGAGAACCCUGAGGAGAAUAGUGGAGGCUAGAGUUGGAGGAGUAGCCUUCGUAAAGAUGUAUACAGGACCGGAUGGGAGAUCCGCUGGUCAAGGAAAGAUAGAGUUCUGGGAAGAGAAAAGUGUCCAGCGAGCACUUAAAUUGCAGUGGGAGCUUUGGGGAAAGCUCAAAGACUGGCAGGAGACCAAGAGGACCUCAGAAAGGAGAGGUGCUAUAGGGAACACAGAGGAGGAGCCUUAAGGCCGAGAUGGAGAAGAGGAGACCAGAUGGCCCAAACAAGGGAAAACUGCCCCGCCAGGAAGAGUGUGGAGGCGGCAAAGGCGGAGAGGACAGCGGCCUAGUUUGCAUCCUACCAGGGAGAAGCUAGUGUGGGGGGACUACCUUUGGCAGGGUAAAUCCUGGGAAAUCCCACGCAGUGCACCCUGGGGAAAAGGUGAGCAGGGGGCGCCUUAAAACCUCUGCCACUUAUGCAGAAAGCACCGGGUGCUAGAAGAAAGGCCAGGAAGAGCCGCCGAGUCCAAUGGAAGUUAAAGUGAAUGAAGAUCUUCCUCGGUGAGUUCAAUCUUGGGGGGGGGAGGUGUGUCGCAGGGCACCUCGGUGCCCUGCUCCUGGAAAGGAGAAACUGCCAGGGAGCGAGUGAGCGCGCCCUGGCCUGACAUAACGAGCCCAGCUGAGGCUUGCUCAGGUAAUGAGCGCAGCUGUGGGUUGCCGGAGCAACCAAGGGGAGCCAGCUGGCCAGAAGGGGGCAGGGCCUGGCCCUUAUAAAGCCCAGGGCCGAAGCCAGGCUGGCAGUUCUCUGCCAGCAGCCUGGGAGGCAGGAGCUCUGGGAGCGAGGAUGUGGAAAGGAGCAGGAUGUGCAAGUACAGCUCAUGAUAGCCCUGAGAGGAUGGGCACUAGAGUUUAGCCAGGGGGCUUUAGGUUUGUGUUACAGCCAGGAGGCUUGAGCUUGUUUGGCUUUGUUAUUACACCCGGAGGCUUGGGUGAGGCUGUAGGGGUUGGAGGAGGCCUCAACUAUAGGGACCCCAGAGAGUGUGGGGUGCCCUAGCGCCAAGAGGGCGCAUUAUUUGCAUAGCGCCAGGGAAGGCGCAGCUCGCACGCCAGUGCGUGAGCAACUGGCGGUGAGGAGCGCGGCCAGUGGGUUGCGGGCGCAACCGGUAGGUUGCAGACGGGGGACUGAGUCCCCGGAUUGCGUGCGGGGUACAUAGACCCCAGCCCCAGGGAGAGGGGCGAUCUGAUUGAGAAGCCUCGUGGGGGCACAGCGAGCCCUGAAGAGGGGGAGCGCCAUAGGAUAUGAUUGAGAAGCCCCAUGGGAGCACGGCGAGCCCCAAAGAGGGGGAGCGCCAUUGUAUAUGAUUGAGAAGCCCCAUGGGGGCGCGGCGAGCCCCAAAGAAGGGGAGCACCAUUGUAUAUGAUUGAGAAGCCCCGUGGGGGCGCGGCGAGCCGAGCCCCAAAGAGGGGGAGCACCAUAGGAUAUGAUUGAGAAGCCCGGUGGGGACGCGGCGAGCCCCAAAGAGGGGGAGCGCCAUACUGAGGAGCCCUAGAGAGAGGGGCAAUUACUGAGGAGCCCGAGACGGGCAUAGCGAGCCCGGCCGCAGGCUAGUGCGGUAACACCCCUCAGACCAAGGCAGGGCGCUGCGGUUGCCCCGAGAAGACAGGGAGUAGCAGU